AUGACAACUGAAAAAAGAAUCUCAGUGUUCCUUCAGGCAAACAUGUCAUCUGGAAGUUUGCCUCUUGCCACCUAUCACCGGGCGGAAUCAUUGGGUGCUGGAACGUAUGGAUCGGUGGUUACAGUUUACAAUGAUGAUGGAGAAAAUUUUGCGUUGAAAAUGUUCGAUCAGGACGGGGACGACCAGGAUAAUGUUGGAACAUCGAUUGGAGCCCUUCGAGAAUUGACCAUUCUUCGUUUGUUCCGAGGUGAAAAUGCACAUCCAAAUAUCGUUGAAAUGUACGAUGUUCAAACGGGAUUUGAGGAAGAAGAAGGUGCUGGAACUGGGGGUGCCAUGGCGAUGGCUAUGCCAAUCUUUCCUCGAGGAAGUCUGGAAGAUUCCAUUGCUUCAUUUCCAAACAAGAAGGCGAAAAUUGCAAUUGCAUACGGACUCUUGAGCGCCGUGGCACAUCUUCAUGAAAAUGGUAUUAUUCACCGGGAUAUUAAGUCCGACAACAUUUUACUACACGAUGCAGAAGAUGGUAGUCUUCAAGCAGUGCUAAUCGACUUUAGUUUGGCCAAGUUGAUUGAUCCAAAAGCCAUUAUUACGGAUGCCACAGGUGAAUCAUCAUCACAAAUUGAAACAGAAAUGACACAUACUGCUUCGAUUGGUACACCAACGUAUAGAGCUCCAGAAGUGAUUGCAGAAAAAGGUUAUGGUCUUCCAUCCGAUUUGUGGAGUGUAGGAGUAUGUCUGCUGGAGCUCUUGUGUGGAAAAUGCCUGGAAGCCGAUAAAGAUAAGAAUGCCAUUAAGCUGAUCGAGGAUGGGUUGAAUACAUUGCCUGACGCACCCUUUCCAAAUCUGAUUCGACGCCUACUGCAAAAGGAACCAGAGAAGAGAAUAGCGGCUCGAGAAGCCUUGGAUGCGCCGGUAUUUAAAAAGUUUGAUUUUGAACCACACGAGCGAACUUUUGUGAGGCUCAACAUUAAUGAGGCAAUGCCUUUGGAGAAUGAUCCAAAUGCUGCUGCUGCUGCUUUGCAAGCAGGAAGCAAAGAAAAUCGACCGGUGGAAAACAAAUCCAAAGGCAACAAGAAACAGAGCAAAAUGGAUCCAUCCCUUGCGAAGCGAUUCAAGUUGAUCCGACAAAUAUGCGAUUCAAUGGAAUGGAAGAGUCCAAUGACAGCACAAGCUGCACUCAUGUACUCAAUAGCAAUGUCGGAAUUGGACGAUGUUGACGACACUGCCAAUUCCCAAGCUUUAUUGGAUUGCAUUGUUCUGGCGCACAAAUUCUUUGAGUUGGAACUUACUGAUCUGAAUGAGCUUUCCGAAGCAAGCAAACGAUUCGAAUCUUGGGAUAUUGACGAAUACGCCGACAAUGAGGGCACUAUAUUCAUGAUGCUCGAUUUCUGCCUGCUUCCUAGAUAUUCGCUUUAA